CGACCGCUGUGCCUUUAAGAAGUCAGCUCUAUCCCCCUACCCACCCCUCCUUUCCACCUUCCACCCUUUAGAUCUCAUGUACACGAUAUUGCAUCAAGAAAACAAUCCAGGAGUUGAGAAGGAGCCAAGACGCGAUGGGGAUGUGGAUAUGAGGCGUCCCUUUAUUAAAAUGUCUAUGCUCACUUGGACGCCAGCACAGGGCCAAAAAGCAUCAAUUAUCCAGCUUGGCUAUUGACCGACUUAACAUUACACCUGGAGCGGCGUCGAAAGAGAGCUAGCUGUUUGCGGGGCAUUUCCAACGUUGUCCAGACGUUAACACAGAAGAAUUCGCCGUGUUGUCCAUCACAUCUCGACUGGAGAAAUAUCGUCUAAUGCUUCGGUGCCGCCGUUGUUGACACAGGCGGUUUGGAAUAUAGCCUCCCAUUUUUAGGAAUAGCGAGGGGGUGGCAUCGCAAUGUCGUGUCUGAAGUUUUGUGUUGAUGGUUUCCCCUGAACCCUCGCCCCUUAAGGAGAAAUUUUGGAUUCGGAGGAAGAACGGAGCGGGUGACCGGGGCCAUGGCACAACGGUAUGAAGAUCUGCAUCACUACGGUAUGGACGUGGUUGGGAUUCCCUCGUCAAUGUACCAGGACCCUCACACGGCUAGAGCCCUGCAUGCAGCUCACGCGAACCACCACGGCUCUCAGAUCCACGCGCACCCGUACCCGCACGGGCCACAUGCAACAACCGGGCAGCACAGUAUGGGCUCCCCGGUUAACGACGCUUUAAAACGAGACAAAGAUGCCAUUUACGGACAUCCUCUUUUCCCCCUUCUUGCACUGGUCUUCGAGAAAUGUGAAUUAGCUACUUGUACGCCGAGGGAGAGCGGCGUUGCAGGGGGAGACGUCUGCUCGUCGGAGUCCUUCAAUGAAGACAUUACAGUGUUCGCCAAGCAGAUUCGAUCCGAAAAGCCCUAUUUCUCCUCUAAUCCAGAACUGGAUAACUUGAUGAUUCAAGCCAUACAAGUAUUACGAUUUCACUUGUUGGAACUAGAGAAGGUACACGAGCUUUGUGACAAUUUCUGUCACCGCUAUAUCAGUUGCCUGAAAGGAAAAAUGCCAAUUGACUUGGUCAUCGACGAUCGCGAUGGAGAUUCUAAGUCGGACAGCGAGGAUUUCUCGAGAACCCCUGGCAAUGUUGGUCAGAUGGCAUGGGCCAGAGAGCAGGAGGACUGUGGGUCAGUGCGUUCCUCUGGGACCCCUGGACCAUGCAGCGGGGGACAAGCCUCCCAUAGUGGAGACAACAGCAGCGAACAAGGCGAUUGUCUGGAUAACAGCGUGGCGUCCCCCAGCACCGGGGACGAUGACGACCUUGACCGGGACAGGAGGAAUAACAAGAAACGAGGCAUCUUCCCCAAGGUGGCCACCAACAUCAUGAGAGCCUGGCUUUUCCAGCACCUAACGCACCCAUAUCCAUCUGAGGAACAGAAGAAGCAACUGGCACAAGACACAGGCCUGACGAUACUCCAAGUAAACAACUGGUUCAUCAAUGCCCGGAGGAGAAUAGUCCAGCCCAUGAUUGACCAGUCAAAUCGAGCAAUAGGUCCAGGAGGUCCGUACGUGCCGGAGGCUCCACCAAUGGGAGGCUUCAUGAUGGACGGACAGCCACACAUGGGGAUCCGCCCACCUGGGGCUCUGGGUGGAAUGGGCGUUGGCAUGGGGAUGGAGGGCCAGUGGCAUUACAUGUAA